CAAAUAAAAUUAUUUUAGAAUCUUUAAGAGAUUUAGAUAACAUUUUUUUUGUUGAGCAUUCAGAUUCAGAAAAUGAAAAAGGUGAUGAGAAAUUAAUCAAUGAAGAGUUAACUGAUGAUGAAUUGGAUGAAGAAUUAAACAAUGAAAAACUGAACGAUGAAUUAUCUGAUAUUGAUGAUGAUAAUAUUAAUUUGAAUAGGUUGAAUGAAUUAGAAUAG